AUGGCCUCAUCCAGCGUCAACAGCAACAGCGUCAACAGCAACAGCGCCAUCCUUGCGCACCUUUCCCACGCACUCCUCCGCAUCUCACGCAUUCCACCCCGCGUUAUCGCCAGCCCACCAACCCAACCGCGUCGUGCCUCUGUAGCUAUCUUACUCCGCGUCCGACCCACACCUGAAGACGAAGCAUGGCUGGCACAACACCACGAUCCCGAAGCUCAACAUCCCAGGGGCAGCUCCAGUGUCGACCCUAGCGCAAGUCAUGAGUUGGGUAACUCAGGAGUGCAUGUCUCACAGGCUUCCUUGGGUCACCAGGCAGGAGUAGCGUCUAUGGCUUCGAGUGUAGCUAGUGUCGAUCUGUCAUCGACGCUGAGCAGCUUCUUCGAGCAGCCUUGGGUGCAGAGAGGUACACCCGAGAUUCUCUACAUCAAGAGAGCAGCUCGUAUCGGCGACAAUUGGUCGGCGCAUGUUGCUUUCCCGGGAGGAAGGAAGGAAGAGGGUGAUGAGAAUGGACUGUACACUGCGAUGCGAGAGACGUGGGAGGAGGUUGGAAUUGAUCUUGCCGAAAAGGAGUUUUCCUGUGUUGGGCAGUUGGACGAUCGCGAGAUUACUACUAGUCUUGGCAAGCGACUCCUGAUGGUGCUCUCGCCGUAUGUGUUUGUGCAGACUUCACCAUUCAGUCCGAUGCCGGAUCUGCAGCCGAGUGAAGUGGCUUCUGCGCAUUGGAUUCCACUCUCGCUGCUUUACACGCCGAAACCCAAGUGGGGUACCACCUCGGUAGACAUCAGCAGCAGGCUUGCACCGAAAUCUCCUUUGGUACGAUGGGUGCUUCGUGCACUGGUAGGAAAGAUGGACUUCAAAUGCAUUUUACUCCCCAACGACCCCAUUGCCGUGGCAGAGUACGACGAAAACGACGAAGACGAACACAUGCUUGUUGACGCCUCCAACUUCAGCGCGGAGAAGGCUGGCUCACACAUUGCUCGAACGGAAGAAGGCACCUCAGCACGGCCAGAGCUACGUCUGUGGGGCUUGACACUCGGUAUGACCCUCGACUUGCUCUCUCACAUGACCACCUACCACAGCAACUCUUCCUUCCGAACCGGAGGUGUCACCCCUUCCUCAACCCGACCUUCAUCUCCAACCCGCUCUUGGUCUUCCCUCCCCUCCGUACCACCACUUCAAGACGCAGCGUCGAGCUCGAUCCCUAGUGCAUCCGAACUCGUCUCCCAUCCGUUCACCUCUGUCAAUCGUCUCCUGUUGCGCGUUAGGGACGAGUUCCACCUUAAUCCUCCGCCUGCGUCGCACGCUCUCGCGCCCAGCCUCACUUCCGUCUUCCCAAGGUUUUCAUACCCAGACGUGAACUUUUGGAUCUGGUCCUUCGGGUGGAGGUACAGAAAUGUGGUGAGGGGAUGGGAGUCAAGUGUGGGCACGAGGGUGGAGAGGAAGUUCAAUUGGAGCGGGAUGGCGUUGGGUGCGUUCUAUAGUGCUGUGAGAAGGGCGUUGGUGGUGGCGGUCGUUUUGAGAGCGGUGGGAAUUUUGAGUGCGGGUGGAAUUGCGGGGUGGCUAGUAGGGAGGAAGGUCAAUAGGAGUAGGAAGGGGUUGCGUGGUUUAGGCCUGGAUGAGUUGUUGUCUUGA